GAGAACCAUCAUACUCUCGUACUCUCGUACAAGUAUGAUAUGAUACUCAAGCGCAUAUAUCGUACCGUACCGUACGGUACUGUGGAUGGUUGCACAUAAACUUGGGAAACAUUCCCCAAGACUCUCCAAUGCUGGAAACCCCACGGCGAGGAGUUGCGGCAUUCACUCGGAAAAUGCAAGUCAAGUGUUGUCAGCUGAAGGGUCGAGUGGGGAAUUGGCGGAGGGGUUGAGUCUAAAAUAUUCCAAAUUUAGAAAUAGUAUACAGACAGCAACCAACCCCUGGCAGAAAAAUUGGCUCGAACCGACUUCCCUUUCCCACCUCCUCCAGUUGCGUUGCUCCCGCAAUAAUUCAAAACAACCCAUCAGAACGCUCCUCCCAUUGAGCCGAACGGCCUUUGUGUGUUUUCCCGCCCUUCGUUCUCAACCCUCGUUUAUUUAUUUUCCGCUCUUUACAUCUGAAGGCGUUCUGGUGUUCUUCAUCCCCCCCACUGUUUGUCAUCUUCAUCGCUUCUCCAUUCUUGAAACGCAGGGGGUAAGUUUAUCACCGUUGAGGCCCAUCUCCCUUGCCACAGCAUCCUCGUCACUCGUUCACUCACGAUUUCCUUCGACUCUCGACUCGGGUACGACCAAAAACCCCCCCGGAGAAAAAAAGAACACAGAACCCGCUACGAGAACAUAUUUGAAUAUGAGGAACGUACAGCUUUUAUUCUCUCUUAUUCUUUCGAUUGCUGCCUUCUCAGCAAGUGCCGAUCCAAGAGUAGCCGUCCCACAGGCGGGUGCCGUUGUACGUCGGGCGGAUGGUUGGUAUCCUUCAUGGUGAACAUUUUCUUCCCGCAUUAAUAGGUAUUGACAUUCUAUCCUCAACAGACCCAACCAAGACUACCGGUGGAUCAAAUGGUGCACCAACCGCUGGCGAAGGUGACCCAAUAGAAGGUGACGCAACGCCGACAGAGGAACCAAAGGAUCAAAAGACUGGGGAGAGUGGGAGCGCAAAGCCAUCCUCGACGAAGAGCAAGAAGAUAUCAUCUGAUGCCCAACCUGGCGGAGUCGUGAUGCAGACCCCGGCGUUGACCGAUGGCUACCAAAUCUACAAAAUUGGUCAACCCGUUACAUUCAAGUGGAAUUACACCAGUAUCCAAGCGUCGCCUACCGCCAUCAAUGUCGAAGCAUUUUGUACCGACGGUGCCACCUAUUUCAAUAUUGCCGCAAAUGUUUCUGCAGAUACCACUGAGGUCGUCUGGGAUACUGGGGAUUACCAGCAAACCGCUACGGCCAAGUUGCCAGUGUAAGUUGUUUGCACUCGCUAUUCCCCUCGGGAAUUGCUGACGUUUAAUGAUAGUGCUACAUAUACUCUCUGGGUGUAUGAUGCUUCAAAGGAUAGGACAGCGGUUCCAUCACCAGGUUACCUUUAUAGUUAUAACUCGCUCCAAUUUGGGAUGUACUUGCCUAAGGCUCCUGUCCCUCUCCAAGGUUACACUCGCAUUACCCUUUGGAAUUUUCUAGGGCGGGACUAAUAUUGGAUCGUAUAGAUUUCCGGUGCUCAGCUUGUGAUUUCAGUAGUGCUGGGCUUAAUGACCCCCGUACCGUUCGUGCAUUGCUUGGUAUGGGUUUGGUGACCGCUUUUACCUUUGUGUGGUUCAUUGCGGGUGUGCUAUAGUCUACAGAAGUGCUCGAUAUUCUCCCGCCAGAGCUCUCGAGCGAUGAUUUUGGCCAACCGAAGCAUUGUUUUCACUAAUACCAUUCUGUCCACCGUUGUGUCGAGCGAUACCAAAGGGUUUGUUGUCAGUUCUCUCCUCUUGGGCCUAUUUCCAUUUCCAUUAUUUGUUUUUUUGUAUUGCAUGAGCAUUGGGUACCAAUGAAUUUCCUUUCCAUCCACACAAGUGUUAUAUACCUAAUUUUUUUUAGUAAAUUUGUUUCAGGCAGCCGAGGGGACUUGGAAAAUGAGGAAAAACGUUGCUGAGGACGAGGCGCCCUCGUAAACUAUCUAUAAUGUGGGUUUGGAUGGUCGGGAGGGGGGUUUUUUUUUUUGCUUCUAUCUGUUUACUCCUUCCUGAUGCCGUAUGUUCAGAUCGAGGAGUGUUUGGGUGUUCUUUUUUUUUUUUUUUUUUUUCACCAUCUUUCUUCCCCCCCCACAUUUAUUUUUUUGUUGUUAAAUAUAUCAUUUGUUUGUUUUUCUUGAUGGAGUGAAAUGAUCAGAACAAUUGUAGCUGCCAUUUUGAGUCAAGACCCUUUAGUUGGCAAUUGGGUGUAUGAGCGAUACUGUACCAGUAGGGCUUGCUUGAUGGAGACAGAAGCUUUGCCGUAGCUUGUGCCCGUGGCUGGAUGAUAAUAGGGGCCAUACUGGUAUGGGAUCUGCGGCUUCGUACCGGUUUCAUGGUAUUACGAUUUCAUACUACAAGUAAUUGCCUCUGUGAACGUCACAGGUCCUUUACUAAAUUUACAUAAGUUCAUCGUACUCGCUGCUGUAGCUUACAGGUAACCAUAAUAACAAAAUGGUUAAAACAAAGAAAUAAGUUACAAGCAAUCUGAAUUUUAUCAGCCAGAUUUUUAAUUCUUAUCAAUCUUGAACUCUGUUAGAUCUAAUCUAAACUGGUGCUCUGAUAAUAUGAUAUGAUAUCAUACAAUAAUUACAAGUCUUGGCAAUAUUUCCGAAGUCGUGUUCUCGCGACCCCUAAACGCGUUGAAGUGCUCUAAAUUCAACGCGAGCUUUGCGGUGUUGCGGUUG